UUCGAAGACCAUUUGUGGCAAUUGCGAGAUUGAGAUUAAAAGAUCGAAACAUCGAGUAAUGAUGAAUAAAAAUCGAGAAUUUUAAGUAUUUUUUUAUACAAGGAAAAAAAAUUAUUUUUAUAUAUUUUAAGUGACGAGAAAUUCGAAUCACAUAUAGUACCUAUAAAGAUAUUGACAUUGGAAUCGUAUUAAUUUAGUUGACUUGAAAAAGUCAAGACGGGCGAGGCUCAAAUGGAUCCAACAAAGAUCUGCUGCAAGAUCUUCUUGUGCCUUCUGUUGGAUCUUCGUCUCUUCUAUGGCAUGACUGGUUUCACUUCUCCGAACAUGAUUUGAUUAGACCUCAGAAGAACAUUCGGUUGAUGUCACGGCCACUGAGGAAUCCUUUACGGAUUCUUCCCCGAUAAAUGCCCGUCUCGGUCACCCGCUCUUCUUCCUGCCGCCAUGGCUUCCUCUCUCUCAAACCACUACUCUUCCCUCCUAAAGCUCUGGUCCCAAACCCAAGACCGAUCGCACCUCAAGAAGCUUCACUGCUUGAUCCUGAAGACUCUCAGCCUCUCGGCCGACACCUUCCUGUCCAACACACUCAUCACCUGCUACGCCAAGUCCGACCUUCUCAGCUACGCCCGCAACCUGUUCUACAAAAUUCCCCAUCCGAAUUCCUUCUCAUGGAACGCCAUCCUCUCGGCCUACUCCAAGGCCGGGUGCAUCCCACAAAUGGAAAAAGUGUUCUUCUCGAUGCCUGAAAGGGAUGGCGUGUCGUGGAACUCCCUCAUCUCGGGCUAUGCAGGCCAUGGCUCCCGAGAUAGAGCUGUCGUGGCCUACUGUGCCAUGUUGAGGGAAGGGCGCAUACCCAACCGUAUCACUUUCUCUACCAUGCUUAUACUCUCGUCAGCAUGCUCGUCGGCCAGUUUGGGUCGGCAAGUCCAUUGUCAAAUAAUAAAGUUUGGAUUCGAGUUGUAUGUCUUUGUGGGCAGUCCUCUGGUGGAUAUGUACUCGAAAUCUGGGUUUAUCAGAGAGGCACUGCAGGUCUUCCAAGGUAUGGAGGAGAAGAAUGUUGUUAUGUACAACACUAUGAUGAUCGGGCUGCUUCGUUGUGGUAUGGUUGAGGAUUCAAAGAAGUUAUUCCGAGAAAUGGCAGAAAGGGACUCGAUUUCAUGGACGACGAUGGUUACUGGGCUUACAAAGAAUGGAUUGGAGUUGGAAGCCAUUGAUUUGUUUAGGGAAAUGAGAGCAGCAGGUGUCGGUAUCGAUCAGUUUACAUUUGGCAGUAUUCUAACUGCCUGUGGAGGUCUUUCUGUUUUAGAACUAGGGAAGCAGACCCAUGCCUACAUAAGUAGGACUCACUACGACGACAAUGUUUUUGUAGGGAGUGCUUUGGUCGACAUGUACUCCAAAUGUAGGAGCAUCAGGCACGCAGAAGUGGUUUUUAGGAGGAUGAGAACUAAGAACAUCGUGUCAUGGACAGCAAUGCUUGUGGGCUAUGGUCAGAAUGGAUGUAGUGAGGAAGCUGUCAGGAUUUUUUGUGAAAUGCAAAAACAUGGGGUCGAGCCAGAUGAUUUUGCCCUUGGCAGUGUGAUUAGCUCCUGCGCCAAUCUGGCAAGCUUGGAAGAAGGCACACAGCUUCAUUGUCGAGCAAUAGUUUCAGGGUUGAUUUCAUUCAUUACUGUUUCUAAUGCAAUAGUGACCUUAUAUGGUAAGUGUGGGAUCAUUGAAGACUCACAUAGAUCGUUUGAUGAGAUGCAGACUAGAGACUCGGUCUCAUGGACUGCCUUGGUCUCAGGUUAUGCACAGUUUGGAAAAGCAAAAGAAACGAUCGACUUGUUUGAGAAAAUGUUGAAUGAUGGUGUGAAGCCUGAUGGCGUCACGUUUAUUGGUGUUCUUUCUGCUUGCAGUCGAACAGGGCUGGUGGAGAAAGGAUAUAGCUAUUAUAAUUCCAUGAUACAUGAUCACCAUAUUGUUCCUGUAGCGGAUCACUACACAUGUAUGAUUGAUCUAUUAAGCAGAGCAGGAAGGUUAAAGGAGGCUGAGGAUUUUAUAAAACAGAUGCCUUGUCACCCUGAUGCAAUUGGAUGGGCAACACUGCUGAGCUCAUGCAGAUUCCAUGGUGAAUUGGAGAUUGGGAAAUGGGCAGCUGAGAACUUAAUAGAACUUGAUCCCAAUAACCCAGCAAGCUAUGUGUUGCUCUCAAGUUUGCAUGCAUCCAGAGGAAACUGGGAUGAGGUAGCAAAACUGAGAAGGGGAAUGAGAGAUAAAAAGGUAAAAAAGGAGCCUGGUUGCAGUUGGAUUAAGUACAAGAACAAGGUUCACAUCUUUUCUGCUGAUGAUCAGUCUCACCCCUAUUCAGAGAGAAUAUAUGCUGAACUAGAGAAGCUCAAUGAUAAGAUGAUUGCAGAAGGAUACAAGCCUGACUUGAGCUCUGUCUUGCAUGAUGUAAGUGAGUCGGAGAAGAUUCAUAUGCUUGGCCACCACAGUGAGAAGCUUGCUAUUGCUUUUGGUUUGAUUUUUAUGCCACCAGAACUACCUAUAAGAGUAGUUAAGAACCUCCGUGUUUGUGUGGAUUGCCACAAUGCAACUAAGUUUAUUUCUAAAAUCACUGGUCGGGAUAUUCUUGUAAGAGAUGCCAUCCGCUUCCAUAAAUUUAGUGGAGGAGUUUGUUCAUGUGGUGACUUUUGGUGAGUAGUCGCUAGAUCAUCUUCUUUAGGCACAUCAUUUCUCUGCUCCUGAUGUCAGGACACAGUCAGCUACUUGAACCAGGAAACUCAGUAGCCUACAUAACUUAAGUUUGGAGUUGCUUUAGCCAGUAAGCAAGAUAUCCAGGGGUAUAAUCUUCUUACUUAACUACACUUGUUUGGAGCUGAUAUAUGGUGGAAAUAUCAGCCAGUGGAUGUUUAAUGAAUAUAUUGAGCAACAUGUCUUUGUUCGUCAGCUUGUAGGAUGGAUGAUACCACAGCAACCCUAUAAUGACCGCCUUAUUUGGGCACUGGCAGGGGCAAAGAUUCAUGUAUGUUAUGACCAAAAUCAAUACAGAAAAUUGAGUUGGCAAAUAUGCAAUUAGAUUUUUACCCACAUGAAGGAUAGCAAGAGGUAUAAUAAAACCAUGUGCCCUCACUGACUAGGGAUCUUGCUUUUCGAUGAAGCUAAAUUAGGAUAAGCUGAUUGUGUUUCUGUUAUAGUGGAGAGUGCAGAGACACCAAUUUUUGUGGCCAUAGUUAUAGAUGGAGAUACUGACAAGAUGGACGAUUCUGUAAAUACUCCGACGACUUCUUUUUUUGUAAUUUCGGAAAGCAUUUAAGAGGAAACUUGGUUAUUGAUUGAGCGAAAAAGAAAUCUAGCUUCAAGAGUCAGCUAAUUCUUCAGCUUCUUGUAAUGCAAGAAAGGUAUUCUUUAGUAUGUGCAGGCCUGUGUCAAAGGCUUAGUGGAGUGGCGUGAGUAGGCACAGUGUUUGCCUGUUAUUCAGUUUAAUUUUGAAAAUUUUCAUGAAUCAUUCUUUUGGAAUGGGAAGUGUAGAAAUAAACACGGAGGCAAAUAAAAUCUGGGUUCUUAUGCUGGAAUUGUCUACGGAAGACAUAUUGACUACCUUUCAGCUUGCUAAGAAUAAUUUUGAACUGUUUUCUGUAUAGUGCAGGUGACACCAGCAAUUCUAUAAUUAUAAUUGUUGUUUUUUGAGAAGUGAUGCGGACUUUAAACUACAAUUGCCGGGUUGCAAGUUCUGUGCUUCUUGCUGAACUGCAGCCUCAGUGUUGAAGAAAGCAUUCUACCAUUAUCUCAGGUUCUCAGUAAAUCUCCAAAGAGAAACUUCAGCCGACCACAUUUCAUUUGUAAUAAGGCAUUUCAUGAGAGACUGUGAUUGAAAUUGACAGGGUUUACUGCUGAAAAUACAAGAUUCAUCACCAUGCAGAAAGGAAAUCAGGAAAGAAUGAUCAGAUAUCAAGAUGUCUUUACUAAGUUCUAUGAUAUAUUCUUUUUGCUGAUUGUUGGUUUAAGGUGAAACACAUCAAAAAUGGGUGAGGUUAAACAGCUGUUAGUCAGAACUCUGCAAUUGGGUUAUUUAGCUAUAAGCAAGCGUAUCAGCAGCAAACAGCAGAGAAAUACUUUGCAAAUCACUGUAAGAGAAACCAGGGUAUGGAUCCUCAGGAAAACUAGCAUCCGAGAGUAUGAUACAAUAGUUUCUGAAAUUUUAUUGUAUUCAAAUCAUCUUGUCACAAUCAAAGUCAUCAUCUUGGAACUCAAAAAUGGAGAUUGUGGGUGAAGUUGGACAGGGACUUGCAGCUUGCAGACAUGUUCCUCACCAUCAGAAACAAUUAUGGUCAGAACCAAGAUCAGAAAAACUUUGGCUGGGUGGUCCUACAAACUUACAGUGGACUGUAUCAGCUACUGGCCCAUUGUUUUCCUGUUUCCUACCAGCAUCAAUUAUGCUGCAAUGAUUUCUUGGCAUCUGUUUCAGAGACUGUUGCCCAUAAUUUUGGAUGAGGGAGGCAGCAGAGCUUUUUGUCCCUGUUUGGGACUCUCUCAUCAAGCUUCCACCAUACUCCAUUGGCAGAAAUCUUUGCUACAGGUUUAAAAGGUUGCAGAAGUACAGCAAAUGCUCCCAACAAAGUGAACAGCACAGUGUGACCCUUCAAAACACAAAGUGACGAAAUAUAACAUACAAUCCCUACCAUUGUGCUUCAGCAUUUCUUGAAGAGGUCACCAACAGUAUGAAUUAGAUCAUUAAAGUAAAUGAGUUAGCAGAGGUCAUUUAGCUGAUGAAUGAUCUAUGACCAUAUUACUUGAUGAUAUAUCAUGCUUGUGGUUGAAUGAAGAAUCUUGCUAGUGAAUAAUUUUGUAUUCAAGACUAAUUUCAAAGGAUAUCUACCCAUGCAAAAUUGCCUUAUGUGAAAUCCAGUCAACCUACACUUUAUGAAGCCUACUGCAUUUCUUAUAUCUUCAAUUGGGGGUUCAGUCUGUAGUUGACUUUGGGCACCAAGCAACCAAGAAUCAAUAUCUUUUACAAGGUUUUAUUUCUAGCAGCUACAAGCUGAAAAUACACAGGAGCAUCACAAGCUCACUUCCUCCUCCCUCACCAAAUUGUAUGCUAUUAUGCUAUCCCCAGCCUCUGCUUCUGCCUCUGUUUUGUGGCCAAACACUUUCGAUCAUG